AUGGAGGAACCCGCGCCAAAGAAACCCAAGGUGACACAUGACGAAGUCGACGGCGUGGCGAAGGUACCGCCACAGGAACUGGUGUCCUUCGUCGUACCAGCGCACAACGCGAGCAGCACCAUCGAUGACUGCCUCGCAUCCAUAUGCAAUAUCACGUACCGUCCGCUAGAAGUUGCCGUGUACGACGAUGCAUCCACUGACGACACGUUCGACAAACUUCAGGCGUGGGUGCCCAAAUGUGCCGCCGCAGGCGUGACACUGCACGCUAUUGAAAAGAAGAAGGACACUCCUGGUGGCGCAGGGUACGCCAAGAAUCGUGCUGCCGAAGUGUGCACCGGCGCGUACUUUGCGUUCUUGGACUCGGACGACAUGGCGCUGCCCCACCGCGUGGACGUGCAAUUGGCCAUGGCGAAAAACGACCCGUCGGUCAUUGUCGGCGCCAACUUUACGCGCAUCCCUGAAGGGUCGACAUGGCAUUACACUGCCUGGGCCAAUGCCCUCACCGACGAACAGCUCGUGCUGCAGCAAUAUCGAGAAUGCACCAUCAUCAUGCCGACGUGGUUCAUGGCGAAAGCUCGCUUCGAGUUUGUGGGUGGGUUCGACGAAGCCAAGACCUCCGCCACAAUCCCCGAAGACUUGAUCUUCUUUCUCAAACAUUUAGAAUUGGGCGGUACGUUGAAGAAAUCCAACGACACGCUCGUCAUCUACAGGUCCACCAAGCAUGUUGCUCACGUCGUUGCUCACGUCGUUGAGCGCAAACGUAGACACUCAAGCGGCAGCGUGUGCAGCAAGUUGCCAAGGCGCGUGCUGCUGCGGACGCGCCUCGAGUCAUUCGAGCGCCGCGUGUUGAGUCAAUGGCCGACGUUUACGAUCUGGGGAUGCGGCCGCGACGGCAAAGCGGUCUUCAACGAACUGUCCAGUGCUUCGAAACGCAAAGUCGUGGCAUUCUGCGACGUGAAUGAAAAGAAGAUUGGUACCAAGCACCACGACCAAGUCACCCGCAUCAACAUCCCCAUCAUCCACUUCCGCGACGCGGUGCCGCCCAUCGUGUGCUGCGUGUCCAUGGGCCGCACGGACGGCGAGCUCGAAGCCAACGUCCGCAGCCUCAACCUCGUCCAUGGCGUCAAUUUUUGGCACUUUAUUUGAUCCAAACAAGCAAAUGUUUUCGU